UGAACAAAAACAUAUACAUAUACAUGACAAAGGGGCGGAGAGAGUGUCAGAGUGGGGACAGAAAUUCAACAUGGCGAAAUCGCAAAAAUAUAUACAAAGCAAGAAAGGGAGAGUUUGACUCCGUUUUAUGAAAAUCAUGUAUGAAUGUAAGUGCAUUUAAAUAUAAAUGUAAUGCAUGGAAAUUAUUUAAAACAUAUGAGUUUUCAAAAAUUAAUUCAGGAAAAAUAAGGAAUAAAGCUGAUACUUAGAAGACGUUAUGACAAAAUCAAAUUUUGAUAUGAAAGAUGAGAAAGGUACACCACAUUGCCCAUACAAUAUGUCCAGCUAUCACAGUUUUAUUCAGCUUAUUCAUAGGCUUUGUUACCAUGUACAUAGAGAAUACAAUAUCGCCGCUAUUUGUUUUUCUAUCGAUACAAUUCUACUUGAAUUGGUAUCUCAUCUGUAACAUCAACAAAAGUGUUGUGAUACCUUUCUCCAUGAUCUCUUGUGAAGGAUUGCAGAACUUGGAAACCGGGUCACGAUACUGUUGGUACUGUGACAAGUGUAAGCAGUACACACGCCGAUCAACUCAACAUUGUCCAUUUUGUCAUAAAUGUUAUUAUUAUCGCGAUCAUCAUUGUUUUUUUUUAGGAAGCUGCAUACUGCGUCAAAACAUGGGCAACUUUAUUUUAGCGUGUUUGUAUGCAUCUCUAGCUUGUAUUUACUCUGUCUCCGUUGUAGGCUCAUAUUUAUAUGAGUAUUUUGUGCAAAUGGGUACUGCAAAAUUCAAUGUUUACUACUUUGCACUUAACUUUUUUUUUCCAAUAACACUGCUUCAAUUUAUUUUUCACGGAACAGACCAGAUCAUCAGCAUGCUUUUAGUUACCGUGUUCAAUAUUUCUAUUUCAAUUGGCUGUCUUUCUUCCUUUUAUGCUGUAUGGAAAUUAUAUGCUUGUUUGUCAGGAAAACAGAAAUAUGUUAAUGAUACAAAGCAUCAAGAUCUUAUAGAAGUAUUUGGAAGUUAUGGAGUCGUUAAUUUUAUUUUCCCAUUUGACGGAUUUUUGCAUUCCAACAGAUUAGACGAAAAAUGUGAACUAAAAACUGUGUGAUUGGAGAUUGUAAGAAA